AUGCGCGCACGCCCCGUCGCCCGCGCGCAGGUGGCGCGCCAGGAGGGGGAACACCUGGCUGCCCUUCUCUCGCGCUACAAGCUGGUGCCAGCCAAGGAGCCGGCCGCGGACAGCAACGCCAGGGCCGACAGGGACGGGGAUGGGCACGAGGACGGCGCCGCGGCGCGCGAUGGUGACAUCAUCCCCAUGCCAAAGGGCGCCCCGUCGUUCCGCUACCUGCACCUGGGCUCCCUGGCCUACCUGGGGGAGCAGAAGGGCGUGAUGGACCUGCCGAUCAAGAUGCCAUUCCUCAAGACCCUGCGCGGCCGCCUGGGGGCGGACGCGUGGCGCCUCCUGGAGACGCUCAUGCAGGUGUCGCCGCGCACGCGCUGGCUGGUGGCCAACGACUGGAUCCGCUCCUUCCUGUUUGGCCGCAACAUCUCCGACAUCUGA